CGCUUUCUCUCUCUUAUCUGUGCCGAUCUCUCAUCCAUUUUUGACCAGAGACAAUGCUUCUCAGAGCUUCAGCUUCUGUUUUCUCUCUCUCAAACACACAAGGGGCCAGUCGAAGCCCUCUUCAUUCUUUUUCUUCUUCUGUCUCGCCGUCGAGCUUGAACUCAUCUUCUGCUUCAUAUCUGCCGACUCUAACGGGGAGAAAUGGAGGAGAAGGGUUCGUAGUGUCGGCGUCAGCAAAAGAAUCGAAUAAUCGGUUAGUGACUGGAGUUGUGUUUGAGCCCUUCGAAGAGAUGAGGAAGGCGUCUCUGCUUUCUCUCGUUCCCGUCGCUCCCCAUCAGUCACUUGCUCGCCAGAUGUACGCUGACGAGUGUGAGGCUGCAAUAAACGAACAAAUCAACGUGGAGUACAAUGUGUCGUAUGUGUAUCAUGCCCUGUACGCCUAUUUUGACCGGGAUAAUGUUGCUCUCAAGGGCCUUGCCAAAUUUUUCAAGGAGUCUAGUGAAGAAGAAAGGCAACACGCAGAAAAACUGAUGGAAUAUCAGAACAAGAGAGGAGGAAGAGUAAAGCUACAGCCUAUAGUGUCUCCCCAGUCUGAGUUUUAUCAUGAGGAGAAAGGAGAUGCACUCUAUGCAAUGGAGCUUGGAUUGGCAUUGGAGAAGUUAACGAAUGAAAAGCUUCUGAAGUUGCACAGUGUAGCGGAACAGAACCAUGAUGUGCAGAUGACUGACUUCAUUGAGGCCGAGUUUUUGACUGAGCAGGUGGAAGCCAUCAAGAAGAUGUCCGAAUAUGUUGCUCAAUUGAGACGGUUGGGCAAAGGACAUGGAGUAUGGCAUUUUGACCAAAUGCUCCUCCAUGAAGACAAUGGUGCUGCAUGAUGGUGUUAAAAUAACAAUUUCUGCCUUUAUAAAUGUUCUUUCAGGCUUUAGUGGUAGUGUUUCUUUUAUAGAUAGGGAGUACAUUACACACAAGUUGCAUUUAAAUGAAGUUGAUUUGAAGAAAAUGCCUAAUGAACUUUGAUGCAUCCUCUGGGUGCUUUGUUCUAUGCUUUAUGUAGGCAACUUCCCAUGUCUCAUGGGGUCCUUAAAGUGGGAAAUAUUUUUAGCUUUGAGUCGAGCAAUAUAUGGUUAUCGAUCAUCU